AUUUCAUGGUUUAAGGAUGAUGACCUAGAAGGGAAAGGAAGUCUCUUUUUGGAUAAAACUCAGUAUGGGAAAAUGCUUAAGCUGCUGCAAAAAGGACAAGAACUUCCAGUCAGAUUGCUUUGAAGAUGAAGUUGCUUCAGACCCCCAGCAUCAUGGAGUCUCUUCUGUGUCACAGCCGAAUAUAUCUCUUAGUCCUAAACUACCUCAUCGUUCUGCAUCAUAUGCAAUCAGUUCACCCAAAAGAAGUAGAAAAUCAUCUUCUCCGUCAAGUCCAUCUACCAGCUCACAUUUUUCUGGAAGAAGUCAAUGUUUAUUUUUUAAAUUUCAGAAAAGCAAGUCUUUUCUUUGCUGGUGUCAACGUAGUGCAAACUUUGAUUCUCAAGAAGACACAAGCACCAGCGAUUGCAAAUCUUGUUCAGAUUAUUUUGAUGCUCUCAGAUCCAGAAGAUGCUUUUCUUCCUGUAAACUAAGUAUAGUUGCCUGUAAUAGGCAUGCCACUUUUUUUGAAUCUCAGCCAAAUAAGCAAGACAUAUUUAAUCUAAAUGAAAUAGAAAUGUUUUCUAAAAGCCCAAACUAUAUCCCAUCCAUGAGUGAGCCUACCUCAGGCAUCGCUGAAGAGGAAAGCUUUGCUGUCCUGUCUCAAGAUGAAGACAAAGCUUCACCUACUGAAAUUCCUAAAAUAAGGUUAUCUCAGACGUUCCUCCUUGUUAAAAGGGCAGCUUAAAUAAGACGUUUUCCCACCAAGCACACUCAAGAGUGUGUAGAAAUC